AACAGAGUGAGCCGGGAGCAGCUGCUGCAGAGCCACCGGCCACCGGAGAAACACGGUCUAACAGAGGUCGGUAAGGCUUGUCGCCUCGGGCCCAUGAAGACAUCCAUCCAGGAUGUCUUGCUAAAUGCCCCAUGGCGGCACCCUGACACUAUCAUCUGUUCAACCUCUUUCCUCCAACACCCCCCCAUUCAGCUCCUCUUCCCUCCUCCUCAACCUGUGGCCUAUUUAUACCCCGGAGACUCACAAGAGCCCAUUAAAGCUCCGAAGACCUCUUCAGCCGGAGACAACAGUGAGUCGAUCCCAUCUCCAUCCUCGUCACCUUUUCUCUGACAGCUAAAGGAAAACUAAGACUUCAACUACUGGAAAUUCUUGAAAUACAGCAAGACUACAACUUCAUCAAGCUGAAGAUGACAAACUGACAUUCUAUCGUGGAGAGGACUGUUUGCAGCUGCUGCAGAUUUGGGAAAUUCUGGAUGCAGCAUGUGUUUGGCUCCACAGACUGGAGGUUCUGUCCUAUUUCUUUGACAUACAGGAAAACACUCAUUCAUAACAUUUGGUUAUUGACUCAGUUGCCUAAAUAGCUGUGAGAUUUGGGCAAGGACGUCUUGCCUUCUAAAUGGCUCACACAUCUAAAGUCCACCCCCUGCCAUGAGCUAAGCCCACGCCACCCUGGGCGUCCCUUGCAGGAUGACUGCUGUCUGCCCCGCCGAGAGCAGCCCAGAGGGGGCUGAGGCCGGGGCCGGGACGGCAGGGGGCUCCAGGGGGCCGGGGGCAGCAGGCACCGCUGGGAGCAUCUCAGUUUCUGGGGCAUCAAACGGAGACUCUGUCGGAGGUUCAGCCGGAGGCACGGCUGUGGUCACUGGCGGCCAGAGGUACUCGCGCUGGAGCCGCCAGGACAGCUCAGACAUCAAUACGGAUGAUGAGGGAGCCACCAUCCGCCGCCUCACUCCGCUGGAAAGGCUGAACCUGGAUAUGUGCCAGGAUGACAGGGUGGUCCGUGAGCUAACAGUAGGCAGAAGAAUCGGCUUCUACAAAAUCCGAGGAGAGAUCGGCUGUGGAAAUUUCUCCCAUGUCAAGCUGGGAAUUCAUGCCCUCACCAAAGACAAAGUGGCUAUAAAGAUCCUGGACAAAACCAAGCUGGAUCAGAAGACCCAGAGGCUGCUGUCCAGAGAGAUCUCUAGCAUGGAAAAGCUGCACCAUCCCAACAUCAUACGCCUCUAUGAGGUGGUGGAGACGUUGUCACGGUUACACCUGGUGAUGGAGUACGCAGGGGGAGGAGAGCUCUAUACCAAGAUCACUACAGAAGGGAAGCUUUCUGACACUGAUGGCAAGAUUGUCUUCGCUCAGAUCCUCUCUGCUGUUAAACACAUGCAUGAAAACAACAUCAUCCACCGUGACCUGAAGGCAGAAAAUGUCUUCUACACCAGCAGCUCUUGUGUCAAGGUGGGGGACUUUGGCUUCAGCACGCUGAGCCGCCGCAGCGAGACUCUCAACACGUUCUGCGGCUCUCCGCCUUACGCAGCGCCCGAGCUCUUUCGGGACGAGCACUACGUUGGCGUCUUUGUAGACAUCUGGGCCCUGGGGGUGAUGCUGUUCUUCAUGGUGACGUGCACCAUGCCGUUCAGGGCAGACACGGUGGCCAAGCUGAAGCGAUGCAUUCUGGAGGGGGCCUACAUCCUGCCCUCGUGGGUGCCAGAGGCGUGCCAGAGGCUGAUCAGGGGAAUCCUCCAACCCGUACCGUCUGACCGCUGUACAGUGGAGCAGAUGAUGGGCUGCGAGUGGCUGCUCCCUGUGGAUUUCCCGCGUGCCAUGGAGCCCUUUAAACUAGACCCAUGCUACCUAGCAGAGAGUGAACCAUCUGAACUCGGGGAGGAAGAGACGGAGGUAAAAGCAGCACUGGAGACAUUAGGAAUCACCUUAGAACACAUCCUCAACAACCAGGGGAAAGACUGCAGGAGCUCCAUCACAGGGGUCUAUAGGAUCCUGCUGCACCGCGCUCACAAGAAACGGGCUGUUGAGAGCACGCCUGCGGUCAAACAGGUAGUCGGACCAGCUACAACGAGUAAAAAGGAACGGCUAAAAGUGUACCGUAGUUUAAGACACACAUCUAAACUCUGUGUGAUUCUGUGACAGAAUGCUGUUCUUCGAUCCGGAAAUGAAUUAACUUUAAAGUCUGGGAUGAGAUUGCAUGGAUUUCACUCUGCUUUUCGGUCCAGCAGUUUCAAUUUAAAUCAUGGUAUACAACCCCGCUCAGCUCCUGAAAUCUGGGAUUUCUUACUUUAGUAUCUUUCUUCUAGUAAGUAAUAAUAGUCUCUGUGAGAAUGUUGCUGCCAGUGAAUCAUUAUUGUCUCCCUUUUGACAGGGACAGGGACCUGUAAUACUCAUGAGAUUUGGAAAUGUUACGAAAUAUCAUUCAUUUAUGUAAACAUAAUGAUGAUUAGAUGGCAUACACAACUUUUUAUUUGGGUCAUGCAGACCAGAUACGUAUAGCCCACACCCAUUCUAUGCUCAGCUGUGCUGGAACACCAAUAAACCCCAUGAGAAAUCAAUGUAGCAUAACAACAUUAUGCUGAGGUGAUAAGUAGUGAAACUCGCCGUCAGUACAUGAAACAUGGUGUCUUUAAUGUUUAAAUGCACUUUUCUUCGAUGCCUUAGUUUUCUAUCAUGUUAUGAAAUCAGCCAGACUGGUUUCAUUAAUGUUUGUGAUGACAUGAAUAGAGAUUUCACAUCUUACCUUCUCAUGUGAUGUAUCUCUAUGAGAUGUUCCUGUUGUUGGACUGAUUCACCUGAAUGACCUCACUCUAUUGUUCCUGUGGCCUGAAAAAGCCAAUACAUGUCAUUAAACUACAAAUACCAACAUACCAACCACCAAAGUUAUUAGUUCUUCAUGUGGCAAAAUCAGUUUUCAGUUUUAACUCAGACAUUUUCAGUAUGAGUAUCAGUAAUUAGUUUUUUUUUAAUUAUCUGAUGCCAUGUUCAUGCUCAUGUGUUGAUUAUAAAUAAAUUACAAAUUUAGAUGCA